AUGUCGAAGCUCACACUCGCAAUAAUCGCCGCUGGCGGUGCGGCAGCAGGUGCAGCUGCAACAGCAGCCAUAUAUUCGGUCAACAAGAAGGAUUCUCUUCCACCCACAGCAGUCACCACAACCACCACCACGACCAUCACAGGGCCCCCACGACCUGCACCGAUCCCAUCGCCUCCUGCACUCCCCGCCUCGGCCGUCGCUGCAGCAGGACGCAAGAUUGUCGAUCCAAACGGCCUUUUCCAAUACGGUUUCCCGGGUCCUGUCAACGAUCUCCGCCCCGCUGCCUCCCUUACCUCCGUCUACAACCGCCAGACCCGUAACCCUGCCUGGGUCGCCGAGCACAUCACCCCCGAGUCGCUCGCAAUCAAUAACGCGGACCGCAAGCACAGUGUCUUUGUAGAGGACAUUGGCAUCCCUGAAAAAUUCCGCGCAAAACUCAAGGACUACUUUCGUUCGGGCUACGACCGCGGCCAUCAGGCACCGGCGGCAGAUGCGAAAUGGAGUCAGGAGGCCAUGGACGCUACAUUUGCGCUGAGUAACAUGUGUCCACAGGUUGGAGAUGGAUUCAAUCGAGACUACUGGGCACAUUUUGAGGACUUUUGUCGGCGACUCACACAUUCGUAUCCUUCGGUGCGCAUCGUUACGGGGCCAUUAUACCUCCCCAAGCGUGAGGCAGAUGGAAAGUGGCGAGUAUCAUAUGAGGUCAUAGGAAACCCUCCAAAUGUUGCGGUACCAACGCACUUCUUCAAGGUCAUCUUUGCCGAAGACGGAACGCUGGGAGGAAAGGUCGCAUUGGGAGCGUUUGUGCUGCCGAACGCGGUGAUUGCGAACAAUAAGCCAUUGACCGACUUUGAGGUGCCGAUUGAAGCUGUGGAGCGGGCAAGCGGACUGGAGUUUGCUUCCAAGCUUACUCCCGAGAGGAGGAAGAGGCUGUGUCAAGAAGUCAAUUGCUCGGUGAUUGUAAAGGAGUAUGCGCAGAGGCAGAAGACAUUUAGUAAGAAGUAG